CCCAGGAUGCGGGUCCUGACGCCCCCCACCCUCCUCCUGCUGCUCUCGGGGGCGCUGGCCCUGACCCCCAGCUGGGCCGCCGCGGCCCUGCCCUCCGUCCGCCCCCCAGGCCCCCACUCCCUGAGGUAUUUCUACACCAGCAUGUCCCGACCCGGCCGCGGGGAGCCCCGGUACCUCGAAGUCGGCUACGUGGACGACACGCAGUUCGUGCGGUUCGACAGCGACGCCCCGAAUCCGAGGAUGGAGCCGCGGGCGCCGUGGAUGCAGCAGCCGUGGGUGGAACAGGAGAGGCCGGGGUAUUGGGAGGAGGAGACGCUGAAGGCCCAGGGCCAGGCACAGGUUUUCCGAUUGGGCCUGCAGACCCUGCGGGGCUACUACAACCAGAGCGAGGACGGGUCUCACACCAUUCAGAGGAUUAUUGGCUGCGAGAUGGGACCCGACGGCCGCCUCCUCCGCGGGUACAGACAAGACGCCUACGACGGCGCCGACUACAUCGCCCUGAACGAGAACCUGACCUCCUGGACCGCGGCCGACAUGGUGGCUCAGAUCACCCAGCGCAAGUGGGAGGCGGCCGGUGAGGCACAGUGUAUGAGGAGCUACCUGGAGGGCACCUGCAUAGAGUGGCUCCGCAUUUACCUGGACAAAGGGAAGGAGACCCUGCAGCGCGCAGACCCUCCAAAGGCACACGUGACCCACCACCCCGUCUCUGCCCGUGAGGUCACCCUGAGGUGCUGGGCACUGGGCUUCUACCCUGCGGACAUCAGCCUGACCUGGCAGCGUGACGGGGAGGACCAGACCCAGGACAUGGAGCUGGUGGAGACCAGGCCUGCGGGGGACGGGACCUUCCAGAAGUGGGCGGCCGUGGGGGUGCAGAGAUACACGUGCCAUGUGAAGCACGAGGGGCUGCCCGAGCCCCUGACCCUGAGAUGGGAGCCGCCUUCUCAGACCUUCAUCUUCAUCAUCAUCAUGGGCAUUGCUGGGGGCCUGGUUCUGCUGGGAGCUGUGGCUGGAGCUGUGAUGUGGGGGAGGAGGCGAUUAGGUGGAUGUGGAGGGAGCUAUGCUCAGGCUGCCACGUGAGGCAGCUUCCUUGUGGGGACUGAGUGAUGGAAGAUGUGUUCACACUCCCACUUCCUGACUCCAGAACCUCUGAUUGGGGGCUGGCCCCACCCUGCUCCCCAUGCUUUCCUGUCAGCAGAGGCGGGCUGGGUCCUCGCAUCCCUGCCUUUACUCCCUGGGGCUCUGAAAUACAACUUCCUGCUCCGUAUUUAAAUGAGAUUCUGGAUGUGACUUUGUUCAUUUCUUGCCAUGAAGCGUUGAUGGCUUAACUACGGGAUGGCUGAACAUCUGAGAGGAUAUUAAUGGAAGCACCUAGAACUUUCAUGGAUCACAUGUUUUUGUUGCUGAGCCAGUCACAGGUGGAGACAAGGGAAGCUGUGAGGAUGGAGAAUGCCCAGUGCAUCGUGGGCUUUGACCUGUUCACUCCUCGGCCAGGUCACCUCACUGCUCCUCUGACCUUGUCCCUCAGUGGAACCCUGUCCCACCAGGACCUGUGGUCACAGGUACUCAUAUCCUUCUGGCCUUGUCCUGUGUCCUAAUUCAGAGCAUCUCCAGGACCCUGGACAGCAAGGGCUUUUGAGGUGGAGUCAGCUUGGACUCAGGCCUGGGUUCUGCCCUCAGCCCUAAUCAUAGGGGUGUUUGUGGUUUGUUUUUGUAGAUGUUCCUCUCCCUCUCACUGUCUCUCCUCCUCUCUCCCCCUCUGUCCAAUCAAUAGAAAGAUUGAUUACCUUGGGUGAGGAGUAAUGACAACAAAAAAGAAUCAGGCAAUGAAUACAUAAAUAAGUG